AUGCUGGGAUCAGGGAGGGGCUCUGAGCGCCGCCAUGAUUUUGUACGGCGGGUGCGCAGAGUACGCCGGGAUUGACUGGAUUAGUUUUGAAGACGAGGACGGCGGGAACUCUUCUUCCUGGCCUGGUGAGCAAGCGGGAACAAGGAAGGACUUCUAGGUCCCUGAUACCACUGGCCUAGACAGCUUCAUGGGAAGGCUCUUGGGAAUCUGAGGAGAUGGAGCAGACGAAUACUUUAUGUCAAGACGGCAAGUCCGAAGGAGGUGUCUUAGCUCACUUGGAAAGACUGGAGACUGGAGUGAGCAGAUCCCAUAAACAAUGUGAAGAGCUGCAGGGUGCACAGGCGGUGGGAAGUGCUCUUGCAACCAAGAUUCAUAAAUUGAGGUGUCUGCGGGAUAAGCUGAGGGCUGAAGUGAAGCAGCGGCAAGCCAGGGUUAAAACAUCUAUUGCCAGUGUGGAACCUGACCAAACAGUGAAGAUCAGUGAACAAGAAGUUUUGGAAAGGAAACAGGAAAAUGUGAAAGCCAUUUUGCAGGCAUAUCGUUUUACAGGGCUCAGUGGUAAACUGACCAGCCGAGGAGUCUGUGUCUGCAUCAGUACUGCUUUUGAGGGGAACCUAUUGGAUUCCUAUUUUGUGGACCUUGUCAUACAGAAGCCACUCCAGAUAUAUCACCAUUCAGUCCCAGUCUUCAUUCCUCUGGAAGAAAUAGCUGCGAAAUACUUACAGUCUGAUAUUCAGCACUUCUUAUUCAGUCUCUGCGAAUAUUUAAAUGCUUACUCUGGGAGGAAGUACCAGGCAGAUCAACUUCAGAGUGAAUUUGCAGCCUUUCUGGCUGGGCCCUUGCAGAGAAACUCACUGUGCAACUUGCUGUCAUUUACUUACAAAGUGGAUCCAAGGGGUGAGGGUUUCCCAUUUUGUGCCAGAUUGCUGUAUAAGGACCUCACAGUGACUCUUCCAACUGAUGUCGUCAUUACAUAUCAAGGAACAGAAGCAUUAUCCACCUCCUGGGAAGAACAGCGAGCAUCCCAUGAAAUUCUGUUCCGUACGAAGCCCCUUCAUCAAGUCUUUGCUUCAUUUGCAAAAACAGGAGAAAUGUUGGAUAUGAGCCUGGUCUACUAAAAUAUUUUUUUCACUGGAACAUGUCAGAAGUGAGUAAACUGGUACUGUUGAUAGCCUUGCCUGGGAAUCACCCUUGUAAUGUGAACAGACACCUACUGCUUCACCAGGAUGAGGAGCAGAUUUGAGUACAGACAUUGGCAUUUGGGACAAUUCCCAUGAUAGCCUGGUCACUUGUUAAAAUGCCCCAAAUCAUCUGUUUGUUUUGAGGUAUUGAAUGAUUUAAUCAUGUAUUUUAGUUGAAAAUCAGAAUGGUUUAUGGGCUGAUAGAAGACAUUUUAUGGAAGAGGGAAGGUGUGUCAUUCACUUAACAGAAUUUCUAGCUUUUAUGGAAGCUUUAAGUUAUUCUGCCUCAUUUUCCUGUUCUGAGAGCUUUGAAAGUAAGUUCUUAGAACACUCCAGGUUCAUGAUAAUGAGGUAGAUCAUAUAGUUAAGAGGGGAAGAGUGUUUGAUUUUUGGUUUGGAGCAAUGUAUUCUAUCUAAGCCACUGUUUUAUACAUAAUAUGCUAUGAGAAAGCAAUAUGGAUAAUCAGGGUUCAGUGUACCUAAUAGUUUCCUAAAACAUUUUAGUAUAGUGCUGAAUGUAUCAAGUCCCUUGUGACAAAACAUGGUUAAAAAUCUGCCCAUAAACAUAGUUAUUGAUGCAAAGGGAAACAGGCCUUACCUCUUUGUGUCUUCCCUUGUCUUAGUCUGUUUAGUGAACUGUUUCUCCCUGUAACCACGGCCUCUGAUCUGCUGGCCCUUCUUGUUCCUUAUGGGUCAGUUCACAGAUGCAACAACCUGUAUGUUUGGCAGCCCAACUUCUCCCAUUUUAAUUGCUGCCCCUUCCUUGCCCAGUCACAGGAGUGAUCGUUACUACUACUGCCCAAGGCCCAGAGCUACACUCAGGCUUCACUCUGAAAUGGUCACUUCUUAGACAUUAUGGUCAGGACAUAGCCUCCAUGUGUGCAAGCUCUAAUGAACUCUGGGGAGAGUGCAGUGGCUUGGACCUCAGCUUAAUAGCUCUUGCCUUCCAGGCACGUGGUGAGGACCAGUGGCAGGAGUUAGCAAAGCACUUUUAGCCCUUCUCAGAUAAGAAAUAUUAACAGAAUUUUCACAAUGAUCACAUUCAAGUUGAAUAAAGCUUUUAAUAAAACA